UAUCCACGAGCUUUCUGUGAAUCACAAAUUGAAAAAGAAUAAGUACCUAUCUACUCUUUGGAGGAGAAAUCCGUUGUUGAAACAUGUCAGGAACUUCUCAUUCCGCUGGACCAUCUGGAGCAAGCAAAAGAAUACUUGGUGAAGGUACUUCAUCGGAUAUUGGUCCAGUAAAGAGACAAAAACGUUCCAAAUAUCAUGCGGCGGCAGGGUUGAAAUUAACAAUUCAUGGUAACGUUUAUCAACUGAAAUUGUUGACUCUAUUUUUAAAACGAGGUCUGAAAUUAAAAUAUAGCUUUAUUCUUGCAACUGAACUGGUCGAAGCUGAAAAGUUCGACGAUAUUGUCUUCGGUUAUACCGACGAAAAUGGUAAAGAUGUUUGUCGCUUUUUACAAGCAAAGCAUAAGCAAGAUGAAACUAAAACAAUAACACUUCGUGAUUUGCUCACAGAAAAAGAUGACGAAUUUAGUAUUAAAAAGUACUUUAUUUCGUAUCGUAAAAUUAAACAAAAUCUCGAGUUUAAAGGUUAUUAUUUGCAAGAUUUUACCAUUUGUACAAAUAUUAAUCUAGACGAAAAUUUAGCGAAAAAUUUUGAAGAUAUUACAGGUACAGAAGAUGAUAUUUUACAUUUUGAAUAUCACGACGGGUUUAGGCGCUACAAAAUUAAUCUAGAUCGAUUUCCUAAAAAAGGUGAUCUUGAGUCAAUUUUAUGUCGGACGUCAGAACAUCUUAGACUAGCAAAUAUGCUAGCUGUUCACGUGCUUGAGGACAAACCUUUGAAAUUGAGUGAUUUAUUCAAAGCAUACCACGGUGUACUCGGAGAAAAAGUGAUCGAGCGUGUUGAAAUUGAUGGUGUUAAAGUAGGUAAAUUUCGUAGUGAGUUCAUAAACGGUGAAUGUGAGCAAUCGCCAGUGUUGAAAAGGUUCAGAAAAUGUUUUCAUGAGGAAUAUCGGCGUGUCUCUAAAACAAUGAUUGACGAGAAUGACUUCUGGGUAAAGAUGAAAGAAACAAAUUUGAAAAUAUCUUCCACUUUUGGAAAAAAAUUUGAAUUGGACCCUAAUCCUCAGCUUACGACCGAUAAAGAAGCGUUAGCUGAAAAGAUUGCAAAAGCAGUAAAAGAGGCUAAUAAGAAAAUUGUCCAGAUACUUAGGGAGCGUGGGAAGAAGGGUGGUAUUAUUAGAGAUAAUAUUGAUAAAUUAGCGGGAUAUGUUUUUGUAAAAAAGGAAGAUAAAAAUACAGAAUUCUAUUUCAGCUUGAAAUUUCUAGAUAAGAGUGAAAAAUUGCCUCAUCAUUUGGAAGCGUUCCGCACUAAAUUCGUAGAAAAACUUGAAGAUGAAGGAAUGGAAUUUUCAAAAAUGAACGAAUAUAAAUUUCGUAUAGCCAACUUUGUGACCUGUGAAGAGGGACAGCUUGGUAUGAAACCUUCUUUACCAGACGAUUACAUUGAUGAUACAGAUAUACAAGGGUUUUUUGAAAGUUUUGUUUUGUCAGUCAACCAGCCUAAUGAAGAAGAGCUAGGUGAUAUUAUUCAAGAUGAGAUAGGUGAAGAUUUCAAAUUGAUUGAUAGUGACCUCAUGGCAAGUAAGCUUCAGGAAGAUAUGCUGAAUUGGAUGAAAGAGAAGAAAGGUCGUUUUUUAACAAAUGACGAGGGUAAUAAACUUUUUAAAGAAAUUCACCAGAAAGUUUCCAAGUUGGUAUUGAUUGGUCCUACCUUAGUCUAUCUUGCCAAGAUUGAGCAGUUUCAAAUAUCAUUCUGUGAUGAUUUAAAUGCAUUACAAGGCUUCUUAAACUCAGAACAUGGACAAAUUUUCAACUUGAUUAGCUCCUGCGAUGACACAAUUUUUAGUUCAAUUAAAGUACUCCAAACAUUGAAAAACCUGAAAUGCUAUCAAACUGAGGAUAGUUAUAUCUAUAUGCGUUUAGAUUCUAUUUUGUAUAUUCGGGAACGUGUGAUGGAAGCUUUUGGCUCAAGAAAGUCUAAAUUAUUAGCAAUUGAAUGUAAAGCCAAGAAAAACGAGAUAAACUUGUCUAAAUUUUACAAACAAUUAUCCGCUUUAUUGAAAAUGGAAAACGAUAAAAAAGUCAUUCUCAUAACAUUGAAGAAUGAUAUCUUUGCUAAUAAAUUUAAAAGGGAUUUCUCUGUGAAUAAUAAUUACAAAGAAAUUAAUGAUAAAAGUAUUGAUCUAACUGAUCUUAUUGUCAAGUCCCAAGAAAAAAUUUUAACAGAAGGAAAAGUUGUAUUUCUGGGUAAAGAGGUAAGUUUGAAUGCAGUGCUAGAUGCAGAAUCAUCACGUCUAUUGUCAGGGGAAGUGUUAUCCAUGCUUAUUAAAAAUGAAAGAUUGGAGUUGGGUAAACCACCUAUUGACCCUAAACAUAUUGAGGUCGAGGAUUACUUCAUUGACCGUACCCUCACUCGUUAUAUAAUGAUCAAAUCAGAUUUCAUGAAAAAUGAUAAUUUUUUGGUGCUUGAUGACCAAAAUCUAAAUGGGACUGUUGAAUUAUGCGAUGAUGUAAAGAGUAAGAUUGAAUCGUGUAGCAGGUCAUGUACAGAUAUAAUAUUAAUUUCUGAUUCUCGUGAUGAAUUUAUAAAACUAAGAGACAAAUACAGGAAACGUCAUAGUAUACAUUGGUUGAAAAAAGAAAAAGGAAAAAAUAGGUAUAUCUAUAGAUGGCAACAAUCUUGUGGUGAUCUAACAGAAUUACAAACAUUUAUAGAUACAUCUGAACAAAGCCUUGAAGAAUAUAAACUAAACAAAAUUACAGACUUAUCUGAUAAAGUGGUUCUUGUUGCUGCUGAACCAGGGAUGGGAAAAUCAGCUUUGCUGUCUCAUUUGUCCCUGGAAACCCUGCAGUCUAUACCAUCUCCUCUGUGGAUUGUUAGAAGUAACUUGAUAGAUCAUUCCAAUGAAUUCUCAGAGUGGCUGGAAACUAACGCAGGUACUGUAGAAAUCAGUGUACUGGAAGCUGUGAAAUUUCUCUAUAAAAUGAUUUUUGACAAAGAUGCAUAUUUUUCCAAAGAUGGUGCAGUUAAUGAAAAAAUAGAUGUGAUAAGCUCAUGUCUUACACAGAAUGAAGAAGAUUUUGAAAUCACUGCUGGAAGCAAUGUUAUAAAAGAUAUGACGGGAUCGUCAUUGCUGCAAAUUAAGCUUUUCACUCAUUUUUUCAAUAAGGGUAAAGUAGUAUUACUGUUUGAUGGAUUUGACGAGAUCAGUCCACAUUAUAAUGAUCUAGUUGUGAAGUUUCUGAAGGUUUUAAAAGAUACCAAAGUUAAAAGCUUAUGGUUGACUACUCGUCCUUAUAACAUUCUACGCAAGCCUGAAAAUCAGUUUAGUACGUUUGCUUACACAUUGCAACCUUUUCUUAAAGAAGAUCAGAAGAAUUUUUUGAUGAAAUAUUGGAAGAAAAAUAUGAAAAUUGCAGAAUGUGAUGAAGCAAGUGUCAACAAAUUUAUUAAAUGGUUACUAUAUCAUUUUUCUGAAUCUACAAAUGAUCCAGGUAGAAAGUUUACUAGUAUACCCUUGCAAAUUCUCAUGCUUGCUGAUAUGCUCUCUGCUGAGUUGAAAAAAAGUGCAGAACCUUUUUGGAAAAUUAAUAAAAAUAGAGAUGCAAUAGAUAAUACAGAUGCAAUAGUUAAUAAGCUGGAUUUAGUCACCCUUUAUGAGAAUUUUCUUGAAAACAAGCUGGAUAUCGAGUUGGAAAAAAUAAUCUCCAAUAAACGUGAUAAAAAAAAAUGUGGCAUGUUAUCUAUUACAGAAAAAGAGCGUUUAGAUUUUAGGAAAAGUCAUGAAAUAUUGGCUGUGUGCUCAAUAUUUAGAGUAGAUCAGUGUAAAAAAGUGCUGUCUACAGGAGAACAUGAGUUGAUAAAGGAAUUGAAAGCACUAAUAAGCGAAACGAAAAACAAAACAGGAGUCAUCAUUAAUAUUGUUGAUGAUAAACCAGAAUUUAUUCAUCUUACUUUUGCUGAGUAUUUUGCUGCACAAUUUAUUUGGAAAAAAUUCAUUUCAAACGUUAAACUUGAAGAAUUCAAGGAAAAAAUUGUUCGUAAUACUGUUAUUGAGAUGUUAAUCAGGGAUGGUGCGAUACAAGUUUCUAAAUUUUUGGCGUUGAUUGCUAAAAAGUAUUUCUAUGGUAGUGUUGAUCUUUCUACCUGGGAAAGUAGAAUUAAAAUUUUGUCAAUGGAACUUACUAAUAGAAUUGAAGAUAAUAGUGUUGAGGAGAAAGAUAAUGUUCAGUCCACUAAGUUGUUACUAGGGAUCAUUGAUUUUUUUUUACAGAAGAAAGAAACAGAAAAUCAUUCAAAAAUCAUUGAGAAUCUUUCAAAAGUCAUUAGGAAUCAAUCGCCAGAAUUAUUAUGUGUAUGUGUGGAAAUGGGAUACACAAAACUUGCAAGAACAUUAACAAGUGUAAACACUGAAUUGCUGAAACAACAUCAUCAUCAGAUGAAAUGGUCUGAUUGUCCUCUAUGGUUAGCUGCUAAAAAUGACCAUCUUGAUAUCAUGAUAUUUCUAGUUGAAAGGCUGUCUUAUGAUGCUGAGUGGCAGGACAAAGAUGGACAAUUUUUAAUUCAGCACAUAUUUAUUAAGAAAGCAUUCAACGUUCUGAAAUCUUGUUUAGAAUUGAAUCUUAUUGAUUGCAGGCCUUUCAAGGAUCAGAAGGAUGUUGAAAAAUUACCAUUAUAUGAAGCCCUUGCAAAGGGAGCUCCAGUAGAAGUGAUCAAAUUGUUGAUAGAAAAAACUGAUGCUGGUAUUGUGAAUGUAUUCAUCCAGGGUGAAUAUAAAUUACCAAAGGAGGGUAUUAUACUUUCAAAAUUGCUUCAAACUUAUGAAAAUUCUGUGGAAAUAAUUGAGCUUGCUUUAAAAAAAGGCAUCGAUUUCUCCUUUUGUUUGAAUGAUAUUCUUUGUACAUUCAAGUUGAUCAACGUUUGUUGUCCACAUAGGUUACAGUAUUGGUACCCCACUAGACCUAUCAACUCAAUUGAUCGUCGUAGUUUCUGUGAAGGUCAUAAUAUCUUACAGAAUUUGUUUCCAAUAAUCGAGCAUCUUUUGAGAGCUGGUGCUGGAUAUAGUUUCAUAGAUGCCAGACGUGAUCCAUCAGAUUCUACUUACUGCAUUGUUAAGCAAGCGUAUGACAUACAUAAGCUUUCAAAUGAAAUUUACAACUUUCAUAAACAGAAUGGUAAAGAAAAUGACAACCCCAGACAAAUGUUAUUCAGGUUGUUUUUCAAUUAUAUUAGAUCUCUUGGUUUUGAAGCUGUGGAAAUUACAAUAAAACCGGAGGAACUACUUAUAUUGAUUCAUUAUCAAGAGGAAUGUGAACAUAAAUCACAUAUACUAGACUUAAUUUUUGGAGUUAUUGAGUCUCAAUAUAUGUGUUAUUACAAAAGCGACUUGGAUAAUAUAUCGAUGUGUAUAUCUGUUCCAAGAAAUGAACUAUGGUUCCAUGUUUUUCUUGAAGGCCGUGAUUGGGGAAAUAGUCUUGCUCACCUUGGAUUCAAAAAAUUUAUGGAGAAAUUGUUUUUUGACUAUUACAUAGAUGACAAUAGUAACUUGGACUUGGUGAAGAGCACUGUAGAUGAAUUAAAAAAUCGUGUAUUAGAAGAAAAUAGUGCACAUCCAAUUCCUGUUACCAAUUAUUCUUACCGCAAGUACAAAACUGAGGUAUAUAGAAAAUGUAGGAUGCUUAGAUAUGAUAAUAACGAAAAACUGUGCAGAGAAUCUCGCAAUAAGUGGGUGAAAAGUUUGUUAUGUGAUGUUUUGUUUUGUGAUGUUUUGUUUCUGUAUUUUGAACAAUGCUAUAAAAUUAACGAUGCAUUGGACGAAAUUUCAGAGAAAGUAAUCAAACUUGAAGAAGCAUUUAAUAAGCUGCUGAAAAUAAAAAAUAAAUCGAGUAGUGAACAUAGUAUAAUACUUGAUGAAGAUCAAAUAUUAGAUGUUUUGGGUUUGAAAAAUAUUGCCUGUGAACGUGAAGAUAUACAAAAAUUAGCAUCAGAAAUUUUUGAUACUACCACGGGUCUCAAUGAUUUUUGUAAAGUUUUGUAUAUGCUGGAUAAUGUAAGCCAGCGAUAUGUAAUGCCAGUAUUAGAGCAAUGGUUGAAGUUGUCUGAUACAUCAAAACUAAUUUUUGACUUAUUUAAAGAACUUCAUGAGGGGUAUGAAAACCUCAUUUGUGCCGUUAGAGAGGAUGAUAUAGACAAGGUAACUAGCGCGUUACAAAACAUUAAUCAAGAUUUUGUGAAGGCAGUUAUCCAUGGUCAAGAUGAACACUAUGGCUCACCACUACAUUACGCAGCUCUCAACGGACAAACAGACAUAAUAAACAUAUUUUUGGACAGUGGGGCUAAUCCUAAUCUCAGACUAUGUAACAAUUUUGAAAAAAUAACUCAUUUUUCACAAGCUGUGGAAAAAAUGGGAAAAUACCCUUCGUCAGACAAUUUUGUAAAUUGGUCUCCCUUAUACUUUGCAGUGUUGAAUGACCACCUAGGAGCAGUUCAGAAUUUGAUAGAGAGGGGCGCUGAUGUUAAUCAUGUUCUUAAUCCAGGACAGAGUGGUUAUUCACCAUUACAUAUAUCAGCUUUGUCAUGUGGUAGUUUAAAAAUUUCUCAGUUACUUUUAAAAAACGGAGCUCGUUACAAUGUCCCAAAUAAAGAAGGUAAAACUCCUCUAAAUCUUGCGACGUCUGGAUCUGACGUUGAAAAGUUACUCCGUUCUAUCGAUAAACUGUUUCAAAUUGUUGAGCAGGGUGAAAGAAAUACCGUUAAUGCUGUAUUUGAUGCGUUAGAUUUUGAUUCAUGGGAAGCUGUCUUGAAUGCGGAGAACAUCGAUGCUAAGACACUUUUAGAAUUGACCAAUAAUGAUGCGCGGAAGGAUGUUUUCAAGUUUCUUUCAGAAAAAUUAAGAUUUGGAGAGCCCCGCGUUCGCCAAAGGUGAUAUGUAACAAAAUACCGAAAUUUUGAAUGAUAUAAAUGACUCUUUUUUCUGACGCAUCCCCGCAUCCGUUCACUGCUCUUAACCUCUUAUCACAUUCAGAUUUUCUUUUUCGUUAAAAAAAUAACUCAUUUCUCACAAGCUGUGGAAAAAAUGAAUAAAGACCCUUCGUCCAACGAUUUUGUAAAUUUGUCUCCGUUAUAUGUACUUCGCAGUGUUGAAUGACCACUUAAAAGUAGUUCAGAGUUUGAUAAAGGGGGGCGCUGAUAUUAAUCAUGUUCUUAAUAGUCCAGUACAGUGUGGGACAGUGUGGUUAUUCACCAUUACAUAUGUUUUGGCGUUUUACGAUUCUCAAAGUAUGUGAUCUUUUUAAUAUGUACUUGGUUAUCUAAUUUUAAAUUAGUUACCUACUUAUGUAAGUUAAUUAAUGUCUUUGCAUUUAUGGCUAUGAAAUUUUUUGUGAUAUUUUUAUAUGAUUUGUUGAAAUUAAAUA